AGAAAGGGCGUGGCUUAAGUCACGUUACCUAAUUUGCAUACUUAUCGGAACGUACCCAGAAAGGAAACGCAUGCGCGACGUCAUUUCUGGCAGAAGACAGUUUUGGGAGAAUGACUCGAGGUACCUGUCAAGAAUCAAGAGUGGUGAUGGAUGCCAGCGGAGAAAAACCGACAGUUCAGGGGGUUGCUGGUGCUCCUAACGAAGCAGCACUUCUUACAUUAAUGGAAAGGACUGGAUAUAGUAUGAUUCAAGAAAAUGGACAGAGAAAAUACGGAGGUCCACCGCCAGGAUGGGAAGGUGGUCAGCCCCAAAGAGGAUCUGAAAUAUUUAUCGGUAAAAUUCCAAGAGAUUGUUUCGAAGAUGAACUUGUUCCAGUUUUUGAAAGAAUGGGCAAAGUUUACGAAUUCAGAUUAAUGAUGGAUUUUAGCGGUUCAAACAGAGGAUAUGCAUUCUGUAUGUACACAAACAGACAAGACGCUCAACGAGCAAUAAAGGAAUUAAAUAAUUUUGAAGUACGGAAAGGUCGUCUGCUUGGAGUUUGCGCAAGUGUUGACAAUUGUCGCUUAUUUGUUGGAGGUAUUCCCAAAAAUAAACAAAGAGAUGAAAUUAAACAAGAAAUGGAAAAGGUUACCGAUGGAGUCAUGAAAGUUAUUGUUUAUCCCAGCGUCUUGGAUAAAACUAAAAAUCGUGGAUUUGCAUUUGUGGAGUACAGUUCGCAUCGAGACGCGGCGAUGGCCCGUAGAAAGUUAAUACCUGGCAGAAUUCAACUUUGGGGACAUCAGAUAGCAGUUGAUUGGGCCGAACCCGAACAAGAUGUUGAUGAGGAUAUCAUGUCAAAUGUGAGAGUUCUGUAUGUUCGUAAUUUAAUGUUAGAUACAUCAGAAGAAACUGUGAAAGAGAUGUUUGAACGAGCAUCGGGUACACCAAAUUCUAUUGAAAGAGUGAAGAAAAUCAAGGAUUAUUGUUUCAUCCAUUUUAAGAACCGGGAAAGUGCAGCAGAGGCAAUGUCAAAUCUAAAUGGUACUUCUGUCGAAGGUUCUUAUGUUGAAGUUGUUUGGGCUAAACCACCAGAUAAAAGUGAUCCACGUAGAUUAAUGAAAGGUGUUUACCAACAAGUAGGCUAUGGUUACAGUGCAUAUGAGACACCAUUUGUACCACCGUUCAUAUAUGGUCAGGUUGCACCAGGAAGGGGUUACGAUAGAGGUCCUUUAGUAGCAAACCCAGCAAUCCGAGGACGUGGUAGAGGUGCUGCUGGGUCAAGGGGAGCUGGGGGAACAAGAGGAUAUAUGCCUUCAAAUGUCCGUGCUGGCUACAGACGAUACCCUGUUGAAGGUCGGCUGAUUGAUAUUUUACCUGGGAUGGAAUUGACCCCAACUAACCCUGUCACAUUAAAACCACAGUCUGUUAAAUCUCCAGUACAGAUAUUAGAAGAUUUAUGUGGUAAAAAUGGUUGGGGUAGUCCUAUAUACCAAUUACAUUCUGCUGUUCAACGAGAUUCACAGUUCUUCUUGUACAAGGUUACCAUUCCAGCAUUAGCUAGUCAAAACCCAGCCCCAUUUCAACCUAAUAAACUUUGUCCAACUGUCGAGGAAGCCAAGAUAUUUGCAGCAGAAUAUGUAUUGACACAGUUGGGAAUUCCUUUUGAAAGUGCUGAUCUAUCUCUGCCAAAUGCUAGCCAUUUCCAGCAAGGUCCGCUUGGACAAACUUUUCAAAACAGCCGUGAAUUAACUUUUGCUCCACCACCCAUUAGCAGUGCUUCUUAUGUUGUUUCUUCUGGAAAAAUUUUGCAAAACGCUGGAGAGUUUAGUGGAGCCUACGAAUUCCCCCCUGGAUUUCCUGGACAUGCUCCUACAACUGCCUCAGUGUAUCAUAACUAUUAAUUUGGCAACCUCGAGUUGUUCCCCAAACUGAUUUCUCUUUCAUCACAGACCAAGACCAGAGUAGCAGGGUUCUACUUGGAUGAAGAAAACAUAUUUAUUUAAGAAUUAUUAAAAUCAGUAUAUUACCUGUACCUAAAACAAUAUCAAUUUAUUUUCAACCAAUUUUCUCUUUAACUGUAUGUAUUGUACCUUUUACUUUUUUUCUGGCAACACAAA